AUGAACACAACAGUAAAUGGAUCAAGUUUCUGGAGCUGCACCAGUCUGAUAAAUCCAGAAGCACUAAAAAUUGGACUAACAGUCGCUUACAGUUUUAUCCUUGUUGUUUCGUUGGUUGGAAAUUUUCUCAUCGUAUUAAUUGUUUACAAAACACCAACUUUAAGAAAACCGAUAAAUAUGUUGAUCGCAAACAUGGCCAUAUCCGACCUGCUCUUUCCAAUAAUCUUGUUCCCGGUUCGACCGGUAGAUUUGCAAGUUGGCUCGUGGCUUAUCGGUGGUAACCUUGGUCAGGCCUUGUGCAAGCUACAGUUUUUCGCUACAUACAUUUCCUCGUUAGUAUCUGUUCAGAGUCUGGUUCUGAUAACAGUGGAUCGAUUUGGAGCUGUUGUAGUUCCACUUCGUUCCCCCCUCAUAACCAGCAAGCAGUGUCCAUUCUUCAUUGUCGCUACGUGGAUAAUCGCAAUGGCCGUUCAUUCGCCAUAUCUUGCUGUUUCUAAACUUGUUGAAUACCCUGGAGGAAUGAGGUGCACAAGUCAGUGGAGAGAAACCUUAGGAGCAAACGCCAAUAGAAAUUUUGUCUUAGUAGUUGCUAUCGUGUUUUUCUACACCCCCUUUGUCUUGUUGGCGAUACUUUACUCCGUCAUCCUGAUCAAGCUUAAAAGGCAAGCCCAUCCAGGUGAGGCAUCAGCCAACGCUGAGGAACAGCGGACAAGAAGAAUCAGAAACGUACUGAAGAUGGCUAUUGCUAUUAAUGUAGUGUUUUUCAUUUGCUGGAUACCAUUGUCCAGUAAGGGGAUGAUAAUCAUUUUUAGUGCACCAGAAAGUUCCAUUUGGCCUUCUUGUAGUUUUUAUCUGUACGAUCGUAUCACCUUGUCUAUGGCUUUGGAAAACUGUGCUAUCAACCCGAUUAUCUGCCUUAUUUUUAGUAGUAGCUAUCGCCAAGCUCUAAAGAGACUUGCGAAUCGCAGUAAUAAAGUGCAAGAUAAAUUUUUUGAAAACUAAAAGCCUGUUCUGAAACGAUUCCAGAGAAAAAAAAACGACCGAUAUUUAAUAAUUAUUCCUCGAGCCUAACUGAGCUCUGAGUGGCUAUUGACUCAGAGGCCAUGAGGGCGAGAGGAAUAAUUGUUUUAGUAAAAUCCAACUGGUUGGUAAAAAAUAUCGAGAAUAAAAAACUUUUAGCUAGUUUAAGCUAGAUUUUAAUCCUUUUUUGCCGCCAAAAAGCCCGCGCUUUUCGCUACUGGUGGGCUAUAAAGUAGUAGUAGCUCAACCAAUCAGAAAAAAGCUGCCACCCUCGUUUCGCGCGUCUCGCGGCUUCGCCGCUCGCGCGCGCGUGCACUCCCCUUACUAAACCGGAAGAAAAAGAGAGACUGCUCGCAGUCUAAGUGUUUGAAUGAACAUUAAUAGAGUUACGCUCCAACAUAAUAAAGAAUUUAUUAUGUGUUUAUUUAACAGUUAAUGAAUGAGGCUGAGUAUCUUAUGAAGAAUUAUAGAGAUCGAGGAGGGUGUUAUCCAUCGAGGCCGUAGGCCGAGGCGGAUAACACCCUCUGAGAUCUCCAUAAUUCUUCGUAAGAUACGAAAGCCGAAUUCAAUAAAUGUUUUACUAUUCAUUCAAAAUAAUUCCUAGUUUAAAAACAUAGCUAAAACAUGCUUAUCUCCAUCGAUCCAUCGAUGUUCAGUUCAUCUUCGAUAGUGUACGUUUAGGUUUGUCCACCUUCGCAAAUAUUCUCCAAAUAGCAGAUGUCGCCCUUCGAGUUGUCUUCUUGCUGUUCUUGCCAUGUUUUAAGCUACUUUUUCGCCUAGUUCUUACUCUUGAAACGAGUGAAAUGUCCGCCAUUUUUUCAAGUUUACAACCAAAACAACUUAACCUCGUCCCCAGGUAUUCUCGGUUAACGGUGCCUUAACCUGCGAAAACGCUGCAUUUUUUGACUUCAUUUCCUCGUUAAAGUCAAAAUUCUUCCAAAUUUGGUCAUCAGUAACUGGUUAUGGUGAAUUAAACGUGUGCUUUUAGCCAAUCAGAAUCGGGGAAAUAUUUGAAUGAAUAAUAAUUUUUAUUUAAUGGUUUUAUCGAUGUGUAAUCUUCAAAAGCGUUUGAUACGCACGGCACUGUUUUGAGUACUCCUGCAAGCGAUGUUCACUGAACGACUGAAAACAAACGGCACAGCGAUUAAAAGUACAAAAGAUACUACUAACAAUCAACAAAAGAAGUAUAAUUCGGUGAAACAUAUGCAGAGACAACAAUUCUCAUUCACGAAGACAAGUAUUAAAGUGUCUGUAAAAAUCCUGAGUCUUCAAGCUUAAAGCUUAAGUUUAUGUUUCAAGCCGGAUUUCCCGGUGUUUGCUUUUUUCAAAGAUGAACUCGGGGGCAAGAAAAUCGCUCAAGGCUUUCUUUUACAACCAGCAUUAUAACUAACUAUUCUUUCUAUUUGCGGUGAGUAAAUGUCUAAAGGCUUUUCAAAGUUCUGUAAGCUUAUAUCAAACUUGAUACUCGGUCAGAUCAUUGUUUCAAAUAUUACAAACGCGCAUAAACUAAAUAGCCCCAUAAACUGCGCUCGACUUCAUUAAAUUAGAUUUAAUGCUCUCAACCCAUAACCCCUUAAAUAAAAGCAAGUAACUAGACCAGAAUUAUUAUGGGGAAAGGGGGUAAGGGAUGAAGUACUCCAAAUAUGGACAGAAGGUCACUUUUCUCUACAUAUUGGUGUAACAUUCCAAAAUCUACAAGGGGAGAGGUGAUAAUCCUCUCUAGGGAGUGAUAAUCCCCCCGGAUAGUGAGAGGUGAUAAUCCUCUCUUGGGGGUGAUAAUCCCCCAGGAUAGUGAGAAGCGAGGUGAUAAUCCUCUCUAGGGGUUGAUAAUCCCCCAAAGUUGUGAGUGGAGGUGAUAAUUCCCCUUGGGUACUGGAGAGGUGGAAAGACCUCUCUAGAUGUCUAAUUCCCCGGUUUAAGGAGUAACAAGAGUCUAUGGGGCAAAGUGUGACUUGUAUGAGAGUACUUCAUCCCCACAAAUACCCCAAAGGGGUAUUCCCCAUAGACGAACAACAGGAAUUGUAGGGCUAUUUCCAGAGUCAAAUGUCAAUUGAAACAAUGGUCACAUGGUACUUGAACAUUGCGUGUAAGAUUAGACUGGGCAAAUGUCCCAGCGACCAGGUAUCAGCUGGGGACAUAACCAGGAACAGAAACAAGUUGGUCAGGGGCCUAAGACUUCCUCCACAGCAGAUGAGGAGAUAUGCAAUAACGAAGAACAAAACAAAGGAUCAGUCUACAAAUUAAGUACAAUUAAUUGACUAAUUACACAAACUGGAUGCAGCUGGUGUAUCUAUCAAGUCAGGGCCAGAUACUGAGAUGUGAGAAUGCAAAAAUAUCUGCGGUACGCAGUUUAGCAGAUAUUUGUUUUCUGCACGUUCUUAUAUGGUUAAUUACGUGUAUUAUCUUGUCUGUUUGUGUUUCGGUAUUUUUGGUGUUAAGUAUUUUGCAUAAAGUUAUAUAAGUGUCUUGUUCAUUCGUACUCGUCCUUCGGGUCUGUGAACGCCUAACAACCCACAGUCUGAUUUCUUCGCUCGCUUGAUGAGCAAGAAGCAAGGAUCUUCGGUUCCGUCCGUUAACUUUAGCGAUGCAGCAGUCGUUGCGUUCCAUUAAUGAGGCUAUUAGGGCUUCUAUUGCGGAGUUUAUCGGUUCUUUAGCGGAUAAUCUUACGCAGGUUAUCAAAGAUUGCUUCAGUGGCUUUACAAAGCGAUUUUCGGAGGAAAUUGCGUGAAUAACGCGACAGUCGUGCAAGCCGUUAACACUGUUAAUAAGGCCCGCAGCGAAGUUUUAGUUGUGAAAGAGAAGGGAAUCAGCAGCAGCUCGCGAUCACGCCCUGCAUUAGUGCUUGGCAACUUUAAGGAAUUGACGCAUUAAAGUCCAAAUUCUACCGCCCAAGUUAAGCCGGUCCUGGGAGCAGGUACUGGUUGGUUUCUGCUCGUAUAAAGGUUUUUAAAUGGCCGAUAAAGUAACUUUAGUUGGUCUACUGUGAAUGGAUACCUUUCCGGCGAGCUUGCGUCGAGUUUUGAGGACGACAGGAAGACUGAUGUAUAGGGCAGAGAGAAGAGAAGAAAAGAAAUCCGGCCAAGGCAGGCGUCGCCGUUUUCGCCUCGUCGAUCGAAAGGACUAGGCUUCUCCCACUUCUAGCGCUUUUUCCUUUCAAUUUGGAUCUUCAGCGAGUGCUCAGCCUAAUCGAUGGGUUUUUAACUUUUCGCAUCGUUUAAGAUAAGUAUUUCUCUUUGCUUUACAUCACACUUCAGACUUACUUUGUUUUUUCCGUCGGCGGACAUAUGGCGUUACACCCAGGCCAUAUCCAAUAUUCUCCAUGAUUUGUUGCUUAUGUUGUUUCUUGUUUUUCUACUAACUUCUGGAAAGUGCAGAAUGCAAAAAUAUCUGCGGCACGCAGUUUAGCAGAUAUUUGUUUUCUUCACGUUCUUAUAUGGUUAAUUACGUGUAUUAUCUUGUCUGUUUGUGUUUCGGUAUUUUUGGUGUUAAGUAUUUUGCAUACAGUUAUAUGUGUCUUGUUCAUUCGUAUUCGUCCUUCGGGUCUGUGAACGCCUAACAACCCACAGUCUGAUUUCUUUUUAUUGCUUUGAAUUUCUCAGCUUAUUGGAAAAAUUGAUUGUUUUGUUUUUUAGUGAUUGAAGUUCGGCUUUUGCUCACGUCUGCUUCUUCAUUUCAAAGACCAACUUCUCGCAGUGACUGGCUACUAUAUAGAUGACGGAAAGGAUUCAUUUGUCAAUCUUCAGAUGAGUGUGAUUUGAUUUAUUUUAGUACAGUGUUUCCGAAGAAUUUUUCCUGGGGAUAUCUGUUCAGGAGUUAUUUAAGGUCGCUUUAAGUCCUCCUUUAGUCUUUGUGACUCAAGCCUAAAAGCACCUCAGUUCACUGUUGCUACCAUUGCCCACUUCCGAGUUUUUAGCCAAUGGCUGUAUUAUCGAGCAUGGUGAGCCUCCAUUCUAACGGUUGCAGUCGUCAUCGAUCUUACGCAGUCACGUUAAUUGCUACCUCGUUCGAUUUAAGUUUAAGUACGAGAAUUUUUCGCACCUUAUCGCAGGUUCUUAAAGAAGGGCACCGAGGCUAUGAGUGGGACCUAUAAUCUAGACUGACAUUUCCUUAGAUCACCAGAAGUAUAUAGGUUUUUCUUGGCCCUUCAAGGUGUGCUUUGAUAUUUUGCUUUCUCGAUUUUAGUCUUUGGUCUAGUUAAGCGUUUGUUUUUGUUUUACUGGCUUUCUAUAGGUAUGAAGUUUUUUGUUUAUCUCGAUGACCCAUUUGGUAGUCAUCUAAAAAGGACGUCUGCCGCCUGGUAGCUUUUAUUGAGCGCAAGGGGCUUAUUCUUCCGGUUUCCUUAUUGGUAAGGAGAAAUCCCAACGGGUCCCAAUACUAGUGAGCGAGUGGCUCAGGUUUGCGGUCUGCACCAUUUGUUUUAUGUUUUAGAUUCCCGAGAAGCAAGUUUUCAGCUCGUGAAGCGGCUUUGGCCGAAUUCUGCAAUUCAAAAUGAGUCAUCUUUCUAUCGCAAAUCAGCUGGGAUGGCUGGUUCCAUUAUUUCAGUUGCCUUAGAGGUGGAGCCCAUUCCCCUCACAAGCCAGACGAAGGUAGCUAUGGAGUCUUCAUCGGCGUAGGAUCACCUUUUUCGCCUCACUCCCCGGCGGCUGGUGGAGUUGAAGUUUUUGUUUUUGUGACAUUGACUCUUAAAACGGUAACUCUAUUCGGCAUUCCCCCUUCCCCCCAAUUUUUCCACAGUUGUAUUUCCCGAAGUAAGCGACGCUUCAUUUCGCGGCUUUUCCGCCCUGUGGCUGCCGUUAUGUUCACGAUCGAUUAUUUGGGUCAAAGUUGCUAUUUUUUGCGAAUUUGAUAGCUAUUUAAUAUUAUGUUUUGCUUUCUUUUGAAGAGCGGUUAAAGCACAACAGGGUAAAAAUUUUCUCUACAACCAGAGUGCUUUGGUGUCUUUAAGGUCCAUACAGUCGGUGGCUCUAAGCGUUUUUCAUGUUUGUUUUCGCAUGGUAAUGCCUUGGAAGCGCAGUGGAUUCCUAGAUCGAUCAACGGGAAGGCUGAUCUUUUGCGCCGUUUCAUUGACGAGAAUGAUUCGCCAGUUAAUCCCUAUGUGUUUCGAGUCGUUGAAGCCAAGUGGGGUCCUCGCACGAAUCUUAACCGUUUCACAUCCUAUUAUAGAGCGUUCAGCUUUCGCGUUUUGACCCCUAGUUUGCUUCUCCUCGUUGUAGGUGUGUCCGAUGCCUUUGUCCGAGACUGGAGUGGAAAGGAUAACUGGAUUUUCUUUCCAGUGUGUCUAGUAGUGGCCGCCUGAUUUGAGCCUGAUUUGGCCUUGUAUGCUCGGUUUGGCGCAUUUGUAGCCUGAUUUGGCAUAAUCUUGAGCCUGAUUUGGCAUAUCUGUGAGCCUGAUUUGGCGCAUCUGUGAGCCUGCCUUGGCUUGAGUUGUGAAUCUGAUUUGGCAUAUCAGUGAGCCUGCUUUAGCUUAUUUUUGAGCCUGAUUGGGCAUGUUUCAAGUCAUUUUGGUGUCGGCUCGUUUUGGGCCUGUAAUAUAAUUUUUUCAAUUCUUCUUUGCGCGAAUAUUUUGCUUAGCGCCUCCCUUGUUCAAUGUUUUUUGUUCAGUUAAGUAAAUAACGCUGUAGUUGUUUUAUUUUUACGCUAUUUCCUUUUAUUUCGGUUGCCCUAAAUUCCAGGUUAUGGCUUGAAACAGCCCCCUUGACUGAUUCUUCGCUGUGGUAUACAGUUCCAGGCCUGACUGGUUUGCAGUUGGAUGCUAACGUUCCAUCCACAGUCUUGAAGAUACGGGUCUGGCAUAUUGUGGUGGCGUGAGUGGGCUUUAUCGAAGACUGCCUUUGCAUGUCUCAUUGUAUUUAUCUAAGUUAGAUUAGCGUUCUGUGGAUAACACUGGCGCAUCUUAUUUAGAAUCUGCUGUUUACAGUAUAAAUUGGGGCCAUGCAGUUAGCCACGCCUUGCUUAAGUUUCCCUUUAAAUUACAGGAGGCCAAAAGAGACUAGGCUUGCGCACCCAGUUCAGCCUCAGUAGCUGCUUUCUGUUGGUUUUGUCAGGCGAUUGCUGCACAUUUUGCCUCUAAAUCGCGAUGUUUUCCAUCUAAAAUAUAUACAUGUAAUAGUUUUAUGUCGAUUUAUGUGUCCAUGUAAUCGCAAAGUAGAACUAUUUUGAACUCUGAGGACUUGUCCCGUAGCUGUGACCUAGUGUUUUAUCAAGUUCUCGCCUCAGUCCUCCUCUGCGUUUCCAUUAGUUCGUAGAAUUGUCCAAGCUCAAUCUUAGGAGUACGGUAUAUUAUACUUUCAUUCUAGUGCAAGGGUUUUCUUUAUUCACGUUAUUUGGGAGAAGAGUUUAAGAGGCAUAUUAAGCCAUUAGUUAGUGAUGUUUUUAAGUAAGUACCGCACCCACAAGUGAGAGCGAGUCUGACGCGGCGCCCAAUCCAACUUGUAGGAGAACAGCUGGUGAUUUGUCGGAUAUCCACGCCGGUUUGAGGUGCGAGCCCACUAAGCCGGCAUAGGCAUUUUCGGCAUGGUCUUAACGAGCUCUCCGUAUCUAGGUCGCUUUCAGUCCAGGUGUACUUCGUAGAGAUAUAGAUACAUUUCAGCAUAUUUUCCAGAAUUUGCGUGUAAUUGUUAGUGCUUAGCCUUAUCUAAGUCACUUUCAGUCCAGGUGUAUACAAGUUUUAGUAUAUUUUCCAGUGUACACGUGUAAUAGUUUUAUAUAUUAGAAGUUCUGCUUCUGUCUAUUGCAGUUCUGAGUAAUUUGUUUAGAGUCCUGGCGGGGGACGUUAGUUGCGCCUGGCCCGCCCCAGAUUUCCUGUGCUUUUUUCCCUACGAAGUUUUAUGGGACAGGUUUUUUCUGGCCACCCUGGCACACUUACAUGCAGCUUUUAGUUUUAUUUCAUUUGCUGUAGUGUUUUAUCUUUUGGGUAUAAUUAAAGUGGGUUAUGGCGUUACACCCAGGCCAUAUCCAAUAUUCUCCAUGAUUUGUUGUUUAUGUUGUUACUUGUUUUCCUAUUAACUUCUGGAAGUGCAGAACCCAAUAUAUAUUGACAAAAUUUUUAAACAACUCCUCAUUGAUAAAUCAGAAUACACAUGCUCAUGGUUGUUGUUUGUAAGCUACUAAAAGUAACUGUAUUAUUUAUGGUUUCAACCCAAUUAUUGAAACAAUGACAACAGUACAUUCCCAGGCCCCCUGGGGACAACCACAACAAGAAAGGUUAGCUCCGAAAGAGAGGACUCACCCAAUGAGAACAUUAUCCCGCAACAAAAACACAACAACCAGGCUAAAGAGAGGUCCUAAUCCUCUCUCGGGGGUCCUGAUCUCCAGGCCCCCUGGGGACAACCACAACAAGCCAUCAAGUCCCCAGGCUACAGAGAGGUCAUAAUUCUCUCUCUGGGAUCCUAAUUCCCAGGCCCCCUGGGGACAACCACAACAAGCCAUCAAGUCCCCAGGCUACAGAGAGGUCCUAAUCCUCUCUCUGGGAUCGUAAUUCACAGGCCCCCUGGGGACAACCACAACAAGAAAGGUUAGCUCCUUUUUACCGUGUAACAAGGCUGUCUGAGGGGCCCAUUCUGCCACAAUAGCUGACCAUGUGAGUCUAUGGGGCAAAGGGGCGACUACUUCUGGUCGGUUCUUGCAUAUCAUCACGAGUCUAGCAAAAAGAGACCUAUCCUCCUUCAGCUCUACCACCUUAACAGCAGUUUUCAUCCUUACAACUGCAUGCUUUUCCAUGUCUUGAGCUUCAUUUUACUCAUAGUCGACCAGAAGUUAACCUUUCCUGUUUUCAUCUACAAAUGUGUUGAACAAUUUUCUACCUGUUUCAAUAUAUUUGACACAUGGACUUGAUUUCCUUGGAUGUGACCACUUUGGUUACCAGAUUAUACAGAUCACUGUUUGAAGCUGAAUCCUUGCUUACCGAUAAAGGAUUUGUAAAGCUCUUAAUUGCUGCUAUUAACUGCUGUACACCUUUAUCCUCUCUUGCUACAAUAGAAGCGGAAAGGUUAUGAUGUUGUUCUGGAGUGUGCAAAGACACACCAGCCAUGGAUAUUGCCUCUGAAGCUAGCUUUGCUAACUCUGGAUCAGUCAGGAAAAACUUUGGUGGGGCUUUUUCAUUCUGUGUAAUACCAACCAGUCCUCCGGACACCUUCAUGGCACGGUUUAGGAGCUCCAAGGCGUUGUCAUCUUCAACUGCACAACAACACACUUGUUGAUAACCCAAUUUCCGUUCAUGAACUCUUGGUGAAUUCAGGUAUCUCAUGCUUCCAGGGAAGCUAUCUUAGCAAGAUAUUGUGGAAUCAUACGAGAAUAAUUGAGCCUGUCGUGGGUAAAGAAGUAUACUCUGUGAACUGUUCCAGUGUAGUCAGAUGCAAUUUCCAGUUACCGCUUCGAACUGAUCUGAUAAAGGCACACAUUUCCAUUAUCGUUCACAUAUGGUGUCGCAUCACUAUAUACAAACUAAGGACUUCUGUUGUUUGCAGUGUCGAACUCUAACACCUUUUCAAUGACUUUCGAGGAACUGAUGCUGCCGACGACGGGUGGGCUCUCUAUUUUUUCUUUCUUGCCCUCUCUGAAUGCUUCAAUAACUUCUCUUGAUAAAUUUUCAAGACACUGGCGCAGUUCCUACAAAGUUUCAGGAAACCCAUCUAGGUACAAUGAAAACCAUGCAUGCCUGUAAGGUGAUCAUGUGUGCUUUUUCACGUCUUUUAACAUGAUUACCAUCGAGAAUCUGCUUAACAGUGGAGGGGCCGUACAGUUCUGAUUCUAUCCAACACAUAUCGAUCCCACUACUAUCAAUGUACGCACCGAUCGUCCUUAGCAUGGCCAUGACAAUGUGCAACUCAUCGUGACCGGGACGGAGAAUGAGGUGGUUUAAGUCAUUUCGAGCCAUCUGGAGCUUUUUAGCAAGAAGAUACAGUCCCAUGUCAAGAGAUAUAACAUUCUUUCUUUCAAAGCUAACAACUAUGGUAGAGAUAUUUUGAGCCUGCAUAAGAACUUUCUAUAAAGUGUUCCAUUCAUGCGCAGGAUGUGCCACCAAAGGGGGUGCACCAAAGUGCAGCUUUUGUAAAAUUUUCUUGUUUUGAUGGCUUCGUUUUAUGGAAUUUCAUUGAAUCACAGUGUCCUUAUUCAGAAUUUUCUCUUAAACCCACUUAAAAAAGCUAACGGCAUCAAAUAAUAUAAAAAUAGUAUUUAAAGUUACCCUUUUAAUGCAAGGUAUAAAGAGUUUUAUAUUUUAGCCUCAUUUUUAUGCUACAAGAUCACGUGACCACUAAUUGAACAAAAAUACGUCAAGAAAUUUACUAAGAGCAGCUAGUUGUUUGUUGCAAGGAAAUUUGGUAAGCAAAACGGCUUGUCUACGGGAGGUACAAAGGAUUUUCGACCCUCCAGCCUCGUUUCCAUGUUGGCCUCCAUAGGUGAAAAUUUCAAACCCCGAUAAUUCCCGUCCGAUCAGGUUACAAAGCUGCCACCAAAACUUUCCAUGACUACUGUGUCCCAAUAAACAUUCCUAGACCAGUGGCUUACUUUCAGCAAAAAAAUCCCACGGGACCUUAUAUCAUGACAUUUGCUACCAGACUAAUAGAGGCGAAAGUUAAAAUGUUUAUUUAACAAUUAGUUCAUGCGCCAGCGUGCGUAUGUCAAGAUAUCACUCAAGCAAACGGAAAGUUUGGGGCGUGAGAGUUGCUCUAGUCGCAGAUGGAAAGGCAAAGUUGUAUCGUUUAUCAAAUUAAGCACUAGUUAAUACACGGAAUUGACUUUACACCGUCUACGUCAAUAUCAAAAAUAGAGGCUAAAAGUCAGUGAAAGUUAGCUUAGGGAGAAAGUGAACGUUAGCUCGGGGAAAAAUAUUUGUUUUCAGAUGUUUUUAGUAAAUUAACUACGAACCGGUGUGCCACCAUCAAUGUUAAUGGUCACGCAGAUCGAUCAUAACCGUGCGUGGCGUUUUUCUAGAAGUGAGUACGUAAUAUUCAUCAACAGGCCCGUUGGAGUUGAGGCAAAUGCAAAAUUUUUUAUAGAAACAUGUAGCACUAGUGUGAAGGUCUCUAAUGUCUCUUUCUGUUUACUCACACUAUUUAAUAUUUCAUUCGGAAAGAAUCGAUCAUUGGAUAUGGAAUUAUUUUAUGGCCAACGAGGCACGUAUAGGCAAGUAUCCAACGGGCGAUCUCGUGGAAUAAUUGCUGAUUAUUGUGUAUUCAAUUCAAUGCAACAUCAAAUGGGUCUAUAAUGAUAGCAUCAUUAUUGCCACUUCCUUCUGGUCAGGAAUAAUAUUUGCAUUUUCCUUAUUUUAGGUACCAGCUGAGAGAGCUUGAAGGGGCUACGUCACGAGGAUAUUGCUGUUCUAGGUCAGUUUCUGUGCUUAACUAUAAGAAAAUAUCGUGACAUAAACCCCGGCUUUAAAACCAAUAUUGAGAGGCCAGGCUAGGAAGGUCAUUCAAACUGGCUAAACAUGUUUAAUUAAACCAUGUUUUAAAAAAUAAAAACGGACACGAGAAACAGGAACACAGGUCUUUUACACAGGAUGCGGUCGGUAAUAAAAUUCAACGCGUUUUGUAAUUUGCAAUAACGUUGCCAUCAACAUAAGGUGUUUUAUGAAGGAAAAAAAUCUCUUUACCAUGUUUGACUAAACAGCUUUAAACAUAGACCGAUCAAUAUGAAAAACCUCGAAAAUAAAAUCGAUAAAACAAAGCAAUCACUGGUUUAUAAAGCUUAGCUUUAUCUGGUAAGCUAUCUUUCCUUUAACUUUUUUUAAUCAGAAAACAAAGGUUGGUUUUCAGUUGGAGUCUUAAAAAAAGGAUUUUUCUUUUUAAUUUGGUGGAUCUUACUUUGAGCAAGCGUCUUUUACAAAUGCAUAGGAUAGGAUGUAAUUAGCGCAUUUUCAAACGGGAAGACGAAGUUGUAUCGUUGUAGAAAGUUGGCAGUUAAUACAAAUUUGACUUUAUACCAUUUGCUUCAUUAACAAAUAGAGGCGAAAGUUAAAUGUUUAUUUAACAAUUAGUUCAUGCGUCAGCGUGCGUGUGUCGAGAUAUCAGGCAAACGGGAAGUUUGGUGAGAGUUGCUCUCGUCGCAAAUGGAAAGGCAAAGUUGUAUCGUUAUAUCAAGUUAUAAGAACUAGUUAAUACAGAAUUGACGAAUUACACCGUCUACACCAAUAUCAAAUAGAGGCAAAAUUCAGUGAAAGUUAGCUUAGGGAGAAGUGGAACUUAGCUCUGGGAAUAAGUAAUUUUUCAGACCUUUUUAGUAAAUUUACUACAAACAGGUGUGCCACCAUAAAUGUUAAUGGUCACGCCGAUCAUGACUAUUACUGGCCUUUUCUUGAAAUAAGUAUUCAUCAAUAGUUCCGUUAAUUUGGCGUUGACGCACUAAUGUGGAAGUCUCUAAUGCAUUCAUUCGGUUUAUUCAUAUUUUCAUAUUUUAUUCGAAAAGAAUCGGUCAUUUAUAUUUUAUGGGUGUUUUUAAUAAAACAAUCAUUCCACUCCCACGUCCUGGAUAUGGGAUAUUAUUAUAUUGGCCAACGAGGCAUUACUACAGGCAAGUGUCCAACGCGCGCUCUAGUGGAAUAAUCGUUGAUUAUUGUGUACUCAACUCAAUGCAACAUCAAAUGGAUCUAUGAUGAUAGCAUGAUUAUUGCCACUUCCUUCUGGUCAGGAAUAAUAUUUGCAUUUUCUUUAUUUUAAGUGCCAUCUGAGAGAGCUUGAAGGGGCUAUGUCAUGAGGAUAUUGCUUUUCUAGGUCAAUUUCUUUGCUUAACUAUAAGCAAAUAACAGGACAUAAACCCCGGCUCUAAAACGAAUACUGAGGAGCUAGGCUAUGAGAGCCCGACAGGCAGAAUAAUCGAGAAGCGAAGUAGUUGAAAAUGAAUAAAACGAGACCUAGAAUGUUUACCAUUGCAUAAAAACCAUGGAAGAAUUUAUUCAACAUUUUGAUGUGGAUCUAGCUAUUGAAUUUAGAUUGAAAAUUAGAUUGAACUAUUAUUAGCUUUACUUACAUAAUAGUUGGUAGAAUAUAAAAGACAAAAAUCCGCCAGAAGGUGUUUUCAAGCGAAAAGACUUGGCGAAGAACCAGUAAGACCGCCAGAAGGUGUUUUCAAGCGAAAAGAUCUGCCGAAGAACCAGUAAGCAUAAACACAACAGCAAAUGGAUUCGAGCUGCUCCAGUCUGAUAAAUCCAGAAGCACUAAAAGUUGGAGCAACAGUUGCUUAUAGUUUAAUACUCGUUGUUUCGCUGGUUGGAAAUUCUCUCAUCGUAUUAAUUGUUUACAAAACACCAACUUUGAGAAAACCGAUAAAUAUGUUGAUCGCAAACAUGGCCAUGUCCGACCUGCUCUAUCCAAUAUUCCCGAUCCCUGUUCGACUGAUAGAGUUGCACGUUGGCUCGUGGCUUAUUGGUGGUACCCUUGGUCAAGCCUUGUGCAAGAUAUACCCUUUUUUUAGUGAUAUUUCCUCGUUAGUGUCGAUUCAGAGCCUGGUUCUGAUAACAGUGGAUCGAUAUGCAGCUGUUGUAGCUCCACUCCGUUCACCGCUCAUCAGUCGCAAGGUGUGUCGCUGUUUGAUUGUUGGUACAUGGAUACUCGCAGCGGCCUUUCAUUCGCCAUUUUUGUUUACCUUCAAUCUUGUUGAAUACCAAGACGAAAAGUGGUGCGAGAAUCAGUUGGAGGUGAUCUUCGGAGAGAACAGCUCAUUUGGUAUUUACAUCCUAUCAGCUUCUAUCUUUUUCUAUUACAUCCCUUUUGUCGUCUUGGUGAUACUUUACUCCAUCAUCCUGAUCGAGCUUAAAAAGCAAGCCCAUCCAGGUGAACAGUCAGCCAGCGCUGAGGAACAGAGGACAAGAAGAACCAGAGAUGUGCUUAAGAUGACCGUUGCUAUCGUUGUUGCGUUUUUCAUUUGCUGGAUACCCUUUUCCAUUCAGUUAGUAACAUCUUAUUUUGUACCAAAAAACACUUUGGGUUGUAAGUUUUGGGUAUCUUAUUAUGUCGCCUUGUUUAUGGCUUACACAAACUGUGCUAUCAAUCCGAUUAUCUGCCUUACCUUUAGCAGUAACUAUCGCCAAGCUUUUAGGAAACUUGUGAAUUGGUGUGGUGCAGUGCAAGGUUAA